GCUGGAUGUUCACUCGGUCGCUUCGUGAACGGAAACCGCGUAGUUUCUUUUUUCUUCACACCGGACUGUUUUUCGUUGUUAUAGCCGCAUCCAGUCGGACCACAUGUUAAUGAUUUCUGAGCAGUUCGGCCGGCCGGAGGUUCGUCUGAAAAGGUUAACGAGGCGGCGGCGCAUCUCCGCGUCCGGAACGAAGGAGUGACGAACCGGUUCAGAACCGAGUGAUACCCGGCUCACGAUACCUUUAAAACCAGAUCAGUCGAUAAACCUGAUUUAAAAAAAAAAAAAAAUUACAAUAAACAGUGCCGUCAGUCAUCAUUUUACACUACAGGAAUAUACAGUGUACAGAAUGAAUCACCUGUCACUGAGUGAGCUGUGCUGCCUGUUCUGUUGCCCGCCGUGCCCAAGCAGGAUCGCGUCCAAGCUGGCGUUCCUGCCCCCUGAGCCGACGUACACGCUGCUGAGCGACGAGAGCGGCACACGCUGGACACUGCACCUGUCUGAGCGUGCCGACUGGCAGUACUCUGCACGUGAGAAGGACUCCAUCGAGUGCUUUAUGACUCGCACAGUGCGCGGUAACCGCAUUGCCUGCAUGUUCGUCCGCUGUUCGCCGAGUGCCCGCUACACGCUGCUGUUCUCGCACGGUAAUGCUGUUGACCUUGGACAGAUGAGCAGCUUCUACGUGGGACUUGGCUCACGUAUCAACUGCAACAUCUUCUCCUACGACUACUCGGGCUACGGUGCCAGCUCAGGAAAACCGUCUGAGAAGAACCUAUAUGCUGACGUUGACGCAGCGUGGCACGCCCUCCGAACCAGGUAUGGUAUAAGGCCGGAGAACGUCAUAGUGUACGGACAGAGUAUCGGGACGGUGCCGUCUGUGGAUCUGGCCGCACGUUACGAGAGCGCCGCAGUCAUCCUGCACUCUCCACUCACCUCAGGCAUGCGGGUGGCCUUCCCUGACACCAAGAAGACCUACUGCUUCGACGCCUUCCCCAACAUCGACAAGAUCUCAAAGGUGACGUCCCCUGUGCUGGUGAUCCACGGCACGGAGGACGAGGUGAUCGACUUCUCGCACGGCCUGGCCCUGUACGAGCGCUGCCAGAGGCCCGUGGAGCCGCUGUGGGUGGAAGGUGCCGGGCACAAUGAUGUGGAGCUCUAUGGCCAGUACCUUGAGAGACUCAAGCAGUUCGUCAGCCAUGAGCUCGUCAACUUGUAGUACGGUGAUGAGCACUGGACAAAAAAAAAAAACACACAGCUGCCGACUGCACUUUGCGCACUGACUACUGGUAACUCCACGGCAGAGUUUAGCUUUUUUUCUUUCCCUCUCACUGUAAUACACAAAGCCACAGAGUGAUCCACACUGCCUUUGAGAGAGAGAAAGUGAGAGAGAGGGAGAGAGAGCGGUUAAGCAUCUGUACAAGAGUUCUAGGGAUGUGUGCGAGUGAGGGAGAUAAGUGCAGAUAAUUGUAUAUCUAAGAAUCCAGAACACACUAUUAUUCUCACAGACAGAUUAUCACUACCUCUGUGUUCGACUUGGGAGGAGGUGUAUUUUUGAGCAGCAUCAGUAGUGUGAGGCAUGUCCUGAUUAAAAAAAUGUAUAAAAAUAAUUCCAAUCAGAACACGUGGAGAAAACUGUUGGACAAAACUGUCACACGGCAGCUCCAGUUACAAGCUCCAGUCUUUUUAUGUAUUUUUUUUUUUUUUUUUUUUUUUUUGUGUGAAACUGUGAUGAAGCUUGGUCUUAGUGCUGGAGUACACACUGUCUUGAACAUUGUUUUCCUAACACACUUCAGCUAAUUAAUUGUGCGUUUGUGUGUGUGUGUGUGUGUGCGCGCGCGUUUGUAUUUGUGUGUGCGCGCGUUUGCGUGUGUGUGUGAGCGUUUGCAUGUGUGUGUGUGCGCGCGUUUGCGUGUGUGUGUGAGCGUUUGCAUGUGUGUGUGUGCGCGCGUUUGUGUGCGUUUGUGUUUUUUUGCGCUCGUUUGUGUGUGCGUGUGUUCGAGUGGGGGAAACUAAUAAGGUUUAGGUUUGGACACGUAUAAAACUCAUAACUGCUCUCCUUCUGUGUAAAACUCAAUGUGUACUACAGCUUAUAGUGUGUGUCUGUGUGUGCACGCCCGUUCAUGUAGGUGUAUUUCAUGUAGGUAUGUCUGCAUCUGUGAGUAUUGCGCAAACUGGGCGCACACUCAGGUUGAUUUUUGAUACAGGACGCUGCACGAUUUGAUUGACAUUUAGAAAUUUGUGUGCACUGAAUAAUGUAAAACAGGUUAAUGUUUCGAAACUGUGAACGCUGCACAUUUGGUUUGAUUUUCUGGAUCAGUGAAGGCCGCACAUUCAGUUGGAAACUUUGCAGGGUCUGUGAGAUGUUUUUUGAUCCAUUAAACGUUGUACCAUCCGUGUAAUGUUUUUUGAUUUGCUGAACUCUCUACACUCAGUGUAAGGAUAUGGAUCAGUGAACACUCCGCAAUCAGUGGAGGUUUUGAGUCUGUGAAUGCUGCACGUACGAACAGAAACAAACACUCGUUAGCAUGAAGAGUAGACAAAUGUAGGAUGAACAAAUUCAGACUCGCAACCUGCUUUAAGCUGAUGAUGUUGAUUGAGUUAUCAGAUCAUUAUCUUAAGCGUGUUUUGUGCAGUCUGAGCAUUUUAUAGGGCUUUAUUUUACCAAGAUAAAUCGCACUGUUGAAUAAGUCUCCUAAAUCUUCUCAGCCACUUUUGAGUUACCGCCGUACGUGAUAACCUUCUCUCAUGUGUCAGCUGUGGUUCUGUUUGAAGGUAGGAGAUUCCACAGGAUUCUGGUUGGCUCAUGCUGUGGAGUUUCCAUGGUUACAGCGCGUGUAGCUUCACCGGCUGGCGUCGCGUGUAGCUUCACCGGCUGAUCACAUCUGAAGCUGUCUAGAUGAAAUAUUGAUUACUCCUGAUGACUGUUUGUAAAUAUCUUUGGUUUGUAUGAUUAUUUUUUUAAAUUGGUAAUAAUGCAGAUUAUUAAUACUAUUAGGACUUGAAAUGAUAAAUAAUAAUAUUAUUAUCGCAGCCGUUUUGUUAGGAUGGACGCAAACUUUUUUUUUUUUCUUUUUCUUUUUUAAGACAAAUUUCUGUUCUGGAAGGAAACUUGUCUUGUAUGUGCCGAUGCGCUGAGCAAUAGUUCUAAUAACAGAUAACCUAAUAAAAUGUAAGAAUUAA